GUAAAAAUGGUGAAUAUCCAUGAGUGCAUUUUUAUUGUAACGUUGCAAGCUUUGUACAGUGUCGUCAUCCAUGAACUACCAUGUUGCUUCCUGCAACUCACUUCCACUUACACACCUUUCCUUCUUCUUCUUCUUCACAGUUGUUCCCUCUUCAAUUCCCCAAACCUAAACCCAAAUUCCUCAUUUGCUGCUCCACUACCAACACCCGAACCCGAGCCCAAACCCAAAUCCUCCCUUCCUCCGCCAUUCAACAAAUUGCCGACAAGCUCCGCAGCCUCGGUAUCACCGAACCACCCGCCACUCCCUCCACCGAAAUCACCGUGCCCUUUCCGCACCAACUCCCCAAGCGGCGUGUGUGCCACUCUUUCGAGCCAAGCUGGUCCACACCACUCAACCCGGUUCCGCUCCCUGGCUCCGGAAUCGCUCUCCUCAGCCAGAACGAAGUGGCCAAACAGAAGAAUCUCAAGGAAGAAGAGCUGAAGAGGAGGAGGAUAGAGGAAGUAGUGCCGACGUUGGCGGAGCUGAGUCUCACGGAUUCUGAAAUUCGGAGGUUGACGACGCUAGGGUUUCGGUUGAAGCAGAAGGUUCGAGUUGCCAAGGCCGGUAUCAACGAUCGAAUUGUCAACGCGAUUCACGAGCGGUGGGAGCGUUCCGAGGUUGUGAGGAUUGUUUGUGAGGAUAUUUGUAGAUAUGACUUGAGAAGGACUCAUGAUUUGUUGGAGAGAAAAACUGGUGGCCUUGUUGUUUGGAGAUCUGGACGUACAAUAAUAUUGUACAGAGGGACUGAUUAUGAGGAUCCUUACUUCAUAUCAGAUAAAGAUUUGAGACAAGACACUGAUGAUGAUUUGCAACAUAUGGAUGUUGAUGAUAAAAGUUGUGAUAAAAGAGAGAGCCUCUCGCCUGAAACAAAUUCAGCAACAUGUGCUGUGCACAGUUCAAAUGUUGAAACAGCAAAACCAGCUUUGAUACUAGGUGUUGGUACUCCCAAUAAAGUACGAUUUCAACUGCCCGGGGAGGAAGAGCUAGCAGAAGAUGCAGACUGCUUGUUAAUGGGACUGGGGCCACGAUUCACUGAUUGGUGGGGUCAUGAUCCUCUGCCUGUCAAUGCUGAUCUUCUACCUCCUGUUAUUCGUGGAUAUCAGAAGCCUUUUCGCCUUCUUCCUUAUGGUGAGAAUUCCAAACUAACAGACGAUGAAAUGACCACAUUGAAGAGACUUGGUAGACCUUUACCUUGUCAUUUUGCACUAGGUAGAAAUAGGAAACUUCAAGGAUUGGCUGCUGCAAUUGUUAAACUUUGGGAAAGAUGUGAGAUUGCCAAGAUCGCUGUAAAGAGAGGUGUGCAGAAUACUAGCAGUAAGUUAAUGGCUAAAGAGUUAAAGCAUCUGACUGGAGGAACUCUGCUUUCUCGAGAUAGAGAAUUCAUUGUUUUUUAUAGAGGAAAAGACUUCUUGCCAGUUGCAGUGUCUUCAGCAAUUAAAAAGCAGAGGAAUAUUGGACUGUACAAACUGAAGGCUGCAAUGUUUUCAGCAAUUAGACAGCGCAGGAAUAUUGGAAGGUGUAAACUGAAGGGUGGAAAUAGUUCAUCAGUUACGGUCACUCCAGACCAGAAAAAUGGAAUCACAGAGUGUGAUUCUGAAGGAAAUGAUAUGACCUUCCGGAAAGAUACUAAACAAAGAACGUUGACUAAGGCUGAGGCAGCUAUUAAAAGAACUAGCAUCAAAUUGUCAAUGGCAUUAGAAAAGAAAGCAAAGGCUGAAAAACUUCUAGCAGAGCUGGUAAGUGCAGAGAGCCCUCAAGAACAAGAAAUAGAUAAAGAGGGUAUGACUAACGAAGAGAAAUACAUGUUGCGGAGGAUUGGCCUGAUGAUGAAGCCCUUCCUGUUACUAGGUAGACGAGGGGUUUUUGAUGGAACGGUGGAAAAUAUGCAUCUUCAUUGGAAGUAUCGUGAACUUGUGAAGAUAAUAUGUAAGGGAAGCCUGGAAGAUGUCCAUCAGAUAGCUCAGACCUUAGAGGCAGAAAGUGGUGGAAUAUUAGUGGCAGUAGAGAGGGUGAGAAAGGGAUAUGCAAUCAUUGUGUACCGUGGAAAGAAUUAUAGUAAGCCUUCUUGUUUGAGGCCUCAAACACUUUUAAAUAAAAGGCAAGCAUUGAAGCGUUCUAUAGAGGCACAGCGCCGGGAGUCAUUGAAGCUUCGUGUUUUGAAGCUAGAUAAGAAAAUAAACGAAUUGAAACUUAAAAUGGUGAGUGGACCUCAUUUUUAUUGUUCAGACUCCUUAAAUUGGAAUUCUUUGGGAGAAGCUUCUGUUGACAAUCAACAAGCAAUACUGGAACAGCCAGUUGAGCUGAUUGAUGGUGGAUCUCAUCAAUGUGAAUCAGAAAAUUCGAUAAAUUGGAAUUCUUCUAUAGAAGCUUCUGUUGACAAUCUACAAGCAAUACAGGACCAGUCAGUUGAGCUAAUUGAUAAUAGUGGAGCACAAGAUCAACCAGAAAAUUCCAUAAAUUGGAAUUCUUCUAUAGAAGUUUCUUUUGACAAUCUACAAGCAAUACAGGACCAGUCAGUUGAGCUAAUUGAUGAUAGUGGAGCACAUCAAGAUCAACCAGAAAAUUCCAUAAAUUGGAAUUCUCUGAAACAAGUUUCUCUUGACAAUCUACAUGCAAAACAGGAGAAGCCAGUUGAGCUGAUUGAUAGUGAUAGAGCUCAACAAGGUGAACCAGAAAAUUCCAUAAAUUGGAAUUCUCCUAAAGAAGCUUCUGUUGAGUUGAUUGAUGGUGGUGAAGCUCAUAAAUAUGAACCAGAAUCCUGGUCUAGUUUGAUUCAUAAAGAACCAGAGUUGGAUGGAGUGAGUGACCCUGUGGCUGGUAUUGAGCAUUGCAUCUCUAAUAGCAAGGCAAUGGAAUCGUCAAUUCCAUUGUCAGAAAUUGAUUCUGAACCAUCAGCUCCAAUGAUUAGUUCAAAUGAGUUGCCUUCUAGAUCUGUGCAUCUUUCCAACAGAGAGAGAAUUCUUCUGCGAAAGCAGGCAUUACUGAUGAUAAAGGAACCUGUCCUUGCCAUCGGAAAGAGCAAUAUUGUGUCUAGCGUUGUGAAAGCAAUUAAAGCUCACUUCCGUAAGCACCCUCUUGCCAUAGUUAAUGUCAAAGGAAGGGCAAAAGGGACCUCAGUUCAGGAGUUGGUUUUCAAGCUAGAGCAAGAAACAGGUGCUGUUCUAGUCUCUCGGGAGCCUAGUAAAGUCAUACUUUACAGGGGUUGGUGGGCAGCAUCGGAAUCUAGCACUAUCAUAAAUGUUAAUAAAGUGGGUAAUGAGGAAGAGGCAAAGCCCAGCGUUACUCCUGCCUCUACACUCAGGGUCUGGAACAGGAAAAGAAGAAUAAGUAGGAUAGGGAAAAGAAGAAUGAGGACAGGCUCAAGGCCAAUUCAUUUUUUCAAGAGAGAUUCCAAACCCUUCUUUAGUGCUCGAUCGCGACAUAAUACUUCUCGGUGAAGGAACCUGAGCAGCUAUGUAAUCAGCGACUGUUGGAACUAACCAGCAGAGGUGAUCGUGGGUUGCAGUAACAAACAACAAACAACAGACCAUUGCAUCACUUUGCUGAUCAAGUUUCUACUGACAUAUUGCCGGAAUUUUUUCAUCAGCACUGAUUGUGGUGGUGUUGUUUGCACUAUGGUAUAUAGGAGAUGGAGCUGUGGAACUCAGAGAGAGGAAAUUUGGGUGAUGAUGAAAAUUUUUGGAGAUCAUGAGAAUAUUGAGAUUUUUAGUGGGAAGGAGAACACCAAACAGGAACUGGAAAAGGAGAAAUACGAAUGGAGCCUCAACUAAGCUUUAAAGCCUUUCUUCAGUCCUCCAGUUCCUAGUGUCUUUUUCAAAAGUUUUUCUCCACUGGGACUGAACUGAAAUGUCUUGUAAUAGCUCGCAGAAGCUCGAUAUGCUUUAGUCAUAUUGAACGAACAGCGAUUUAGAUGCAGAGUAGAAAGAGAAGAAAACAGAAGCUAGUAAAAAGGUAUUAAUUAGAAAAGUACAGGGAAAAGAACGAUUGAAAAGGGUAUUAAAUGUUUGAAUGCAUAUAAAGGAAAAGAAAUAAUUUAGUUCAUUAAUUGGAAAUCUUGAACUCCAUUACAUCCU